UUUCAUCACACGUGUCACAGUUGUGUUUAACGCCCGCGCGCAGUUCGCCCGACCCCUGUACAAGACAAUCACAGCGCUGCGAGUACAGUGUAGACGACUGUGAAUUCUCAGGCUGUGAGAGGUAUUCAGGUGAGAUAACCUGAUCGCUCACAGGUGUCAUGAAUUGGGCUUUUCUUCAGGGUCUCCUGAGCGGGGUCAACAAGUACUCCACCGUGUUCGGUCGUGUCUGGCUGUCCAUAGUCUUCCUUUUCAGGGUAAUGGUCUUCGUUGUGGCUGCAGAGAAGGUGUGGGGCGAUGAGCAGAAAGACUUUGCAUGUAACACUGCUCAGCCUGGCUGCCACAACGUUUGCUACGACCACUACUUCCCGGUGUCCCACAUACGACUGUGGGCGCUGCAGCUCAUCUUCGUCACCUGCCCGUCAUUGCUCGUGGUCCUGCAUGUGGCGUACCGUGAGGAACGCGAACGCAAGCACCGCCAGAAACACGGUGAGGACUGUCAGCGGUUGUACAUCAACACCGGAAAGAAGCGCGGUGGUCUUUGGUGGACGUACGUCCUCUCACUGGUAUUUAAGAUGGGAGUGGAUGCGACCUUCGUGUAUCUGCUAUAUCACAUCUACGAGGGCUAUGACUUCCCCACCCUGGUGAAGUGUUCAGAGUCUCCCUGCCCCAAUGUGGUCGACUGCUUCAUCUCUCGGCCCACAGAGAAGCGAAUCUUCACCAUCUUCAUGGUGGUGACAAGUCUGGUGUGCAUCCUGCUCUCGCUCUUCGAGAUUCUCUACCUAGUGGGCAAACGCUGCUUUGAAUGUGCCCAAAGGGUGCAGGGGUCACGGCAGAUAAACAGGGCAAAGUCCAUUGCAAACAUGAGGGGCUCAAGUGCUCUUUUAGAGUCAAACGGCAAGAAACUGGCAAGGAAAGACCAGCCAGCGCCAGCAUACAGUGUAGUCAUCUCAUCCUAAAGAAAACAUGAGGAAAAUAUUUUCACCCAUCUCUUGUGGGACUCCAAGAGAUGGAAAAUGUUCUUCACAUUCACCAUGAUGUGAACUCAAACACGACUGACUCAGUGGACGGUUGGCAGUAGAGUAAACUGCUUGUAUGCUUGUUCCCUAAAUCCACUGGAUCUUUUUGCUGGAAAGUUGUGGCCUGAUAAACAACAUUGUACAUUUAAAAAGGGGUCAAAAUGCCAUCAUUCAGGAUGACAGUCUUUAGUUUGCCUAAAGCAAGUCAGUUCAGGGUUUUGGGUGUGGUGUGGCUUCUGUUAGGCCAAGUUCCAGAAAAACAACGAGCACUUUGAUCAAAUAGAAAAUACAAAACAGUUGGUGUAAGCACAGAUAAUGUUUUAAUUACGAAGUACGUAUUUGUUAGUUGUCCAGUUGACACUAACAAGCAAAACGUUUCAAUUGACACUAACAAGCAAAACGUGACUGCAAAUGAUGCUAAAGCACUCUUGCAUUCACAUAUUUUAAUAAUUAAACUAAUUUUUUUAAAGCAGGAAACAAAAAUAAGCCAUUAUCUAUGAAAACCUGUUUCCAUCUAAGAGUAAAACAUUGAGUAAUUCUGACUUAAUAUUUCACAAUGUGAAAAAAUAAUCUGUCAUCAUUUACUCACCCCCAUGUCAUUCUUAACCCAUAUGAUUUUCUUUCUUCUGGAGAAUACAAAAGACUUCUGAAGCAGGUUUUAACUGUUUUUGUCCAUAUAACGAAGAUCAAUGGAAUCCAAAACAACACUGGACCCCAUUGACUUCCAUUGUAUGGUCAAGAAACACUGAUCAUUUUUUUCAAAACAUCUUUUGUGUUCCACAGUAGAAAGAACGUUAUACAUGUGUAGAAUGACAUGGGAGUGAGUAAAUGAUCACAGUAUUAUAAUUAUUAAUAAUACCCAGUAUUUGGGUUGAUUAUCCCUUUGAAUAUCAACAUUUUGACUCACAGUGUGACUUUAUUUGUCACAAUGUGGCUUUAUAUUUUUUUAUUUUAAACUUUAUCUCAUAAUUACCCUUUUUAUUUCUUUCCUUGAGGUGGAAACAGGCUUCCAUAUUUAACUUCAGUCGGCUUUUACUUGUAAAAUGAUUUCUUACAGUUGGAUGUAAGAACAGCGUGUAAAGAUGUCUAUAUUUUUAUUCUCUGUCUAUUUACAGUCAGCAAAUAAAGUACAUGGCUUUUAAACUCGACACAUUUUUACAAAUACAUCCCUAAAUCCAAUAUUUUGUAAACCAACCCUAAUUUAUACUUAAAUUUGAAUGUAAAUUGUUUACAAAUUUGUACAAAACAGUUUGUACUGUAUUUUAUUUUUUAUCAUUACUAUUCAAUAUUUUGUCAUUUUUAUUGAGUUGAGUUUUUUUGUAUAUUAGCUGGUGUGUGUGUGUCUGAUAAUGCUAAUGUGUGCGUAAACUGUGAUGCUUCAUUCUUAUGUCUUCCAAGAAUUUGCAGUAUUUAAACUUGCAAGAACUUACUGAUAAAGAUUUUCAACACUGCCAAGAUGAGCAAAUUUAAAAGAUGCUGUUUUGCCUGAGUGUGUAUGAGAGUUUUCAUUUAAUGAUAAACAUGUAUCCACAAAAGUAAACAUUCUCCGAGGUUAGAAAUCCUCUGUUUGUAUGCUAACCUUUCAGAAUUCUUUCCUCAUUACUGUGUGUUUAGAGUUGUUUACAUUUGAGAUACAUUAAAGUCUGCUUUUUAUUUUCUUACAA